AUGGUUCCUAUAGUGGAAGCAUGCUCCAUGACAGUCCAGCGUUAUGUUAGUGUUGUGUAAAUAAAAUUGUCAAGCACUACCAGAGAAUCUUAGAAGUACAUCUUGUAGGGAGCAUAGUAAUUGGCAUAUCUGAUGGUAACUUCUUAUCAUUCUUCAUCCAAACACACACAGUUGCACAAAUGUGUGUAUUCUGGUUUCUACUCCGGAAAGGAUUUUGGGAUUUAGAUUUCAGUUGUCUUACCAUUGUGUAGUAAGAGAGAGAGAGAGUGUGUGUGUGUGUGUGUGUGUGUGUGUGUGUGUGUGAGUGUGUGUGAUCAGGCAAAAAUUAAAGGGGUGGGCUUAUGGACUGCUUGAUGAUUGGUUGAACAAAGUCAGGGCCAGAGGAUUAAAGGAUUUUCAGCACAAAGCCAGUGAGAGAGAGCACAACGUGCAAGAGAAGGACAAGUGGAUACUGAGAAUGUGUGGGAAAACCUGUAUUAGAAGAAAGAGGGAUAGGCAGAGAGACUAAAGAAUAGAGCAAGAGGAAAGGACUGUAAGACAGAGGGACGUGUGAUCUAGAGACAUUUAGAUGCUAAGAAUGAAUGAUAAUAGUGAAAAAGACAGACAGAAAACACAUAAUAGAACAGAUGGACAGAGGAAGAUAGAUUUGUCACUGAGCUCUAACUCUUGAUCCAGUCUUUUCGAGACAAAAAUCGCAGUGUGCAGGUAGAUGCUAGCAAGUAAAGUGUGAAGAAAAGUGUGAGCAUUAGCAACCUAUUCUACAAGUGUAUGUGCGUGUGUGUGUGUAGUUUCAAAUCCCAGCCAUCAUAAUGCUGGACGAGGUGGAGAUCGACCCUGUAACACUGAACCUGAUCAUCCUCGUCACCAGCUACGUCAUCCUGCUCCUCGUCUUCCUCAUCUCCUGCAUGAUGUACGACUGCCAAGGCAGAGACCCGAGCAAAGAGUACGCUCCCGAUCCAAUAGCCGGCACCAACCAUACACCCAUCCGCCUCGUCGUCAUGCAGAACUCGCCCACCUGCUGGGACAACACCGGAGCAGUCGCAGGGCAAAGGGAGAAGAAGAUCACAGUGGUGUAGAGCUGUUUUUCCAGGAGCUAGGGGAUGAACUUAUACAUCAACUACUGGAAAAUGGAGACACGUGGAAUAUUUUAAAACUCGAGGCAACAACAUCGCUUGCAAAUUGCAAUCCGAGUGCAAUGUAGAGCUUUUAGUGUGUGUCUCUUGACUAUAAACAGUCUAUGGUAUAGAUUAAAUAUUCUCUGCUAUGUUUUUGCAAGUGACUCAUCAAGAAUAAUGGCACAGUGACUGCUGACCUGUGUUUCUUUGACAUCGAAAGGAAAUCUUGCACGACUUCCUGGUUGCAUUUUUU